CGGCGGCGCCUCGAGCAGGCAUCUCGGGCUGCGGAGCCGGCGCCGCCGCGUCUUCGCGAUCUCCUUCCUCAGCCGCUCAGGGUUUUAUGGGAUCACGGUAACGAAAGCACCAUGGAGUUUUAUGAGUCAACAUAUUUUAUUGUCCUUAUUCCUUCAGUUGUUAUUACAGUAAUUUUCCUCUUCUUCUGGCUUUUCAUGAAAGAAACACUGUAUGAUGAAGUUCUUGCAAAACAGAAGAGAGAACAAAAGCUUAUUCCUACCAAAACAGAUAAAAAGAAAGCAGAAAAGAAGAAAAAUAAAAAGAAAGAAAUACAAAAUGGAAACCUCCAUGAGUCCGAUUCUGAGAGCGUGGCUCGAGAUUUUAAAUUAUCCGAUGCUUUGGCUGUAGAAGAUGAGCAGGUUGUACCUGCUCCACUGAAUGUGGUUGAAACUGCUAGUGUUCGGGAAAGAAAAAAGAAGGAAAAGAAAGCAAAGCCCGUCCUUGAAGAUCAGGUCAUCAAAGAAGGAGAUGCAUCGAAGAAUCCUGGUAAAAAAGCAGAGCCCGUCCCAGUUACUAAGCAGCCCACCCCGCCCUCUGAAGCAGCCAUCUUCAAGAAGAAACCAGGGCAGAAGAAGUCUAAAAAUGGAAGCGAUGACCAGGAAAAAAAGGUAGAAACUAUCAUGGCACCUUCAAAAAAACAAGAAGUGUUACCCCCCCAUCCAGAGACUAAGCAAGAAAUUGUAACGGCGAAGAAGAAAGUUUCGUCAAAGAAGCAGAAGACAGAAAAUGUCUUGAUAGAUGAACCCCUUAUUCAUGCAACCACUUAUGUUCCUUUGAUGGACAAUGCUAACUCAAAUCCUGGGAUGGAUAAGAGAGAGGUUAUUGAUCUGAUUAAAGCCGACCACGUAGAAGGGAUCCAGAAACCUGGGGCUAAAAAACUGAAGACAGAGACAGACAAAGAAAAUGCUGAAGUGAAAUUUAAAGAUUUUCUUCUGUCCUUGAAGACUAUGAUGUUUUCUGAAGAUGAGGCCGUGUGUGUUGUGGACCUGCUGAAGGAGAAGUCUGGUGUGAUACAAGAGGCUUUCAAGAAGUCCAGUAAGGGCGAACUGACUGCACUUGUACAUCAGCUUCAGGAAAAGGACAAGUUACUGGUGGCUGUGAAGGAGGAUGCUGCCGCCACCAAGGAUCGGUGUAAACAGUUGGCACAGGAGAUAAUGACAGAGAAAGAACGAAGCAAUGUGGUUAUUGCAAGGAUGAAAGAUCGGAUUGGAACAUUGGAAAAGGAACAUAACGUGUUUCAAAACAAAAUGCGUGUCAGUUAUCAGGAGGCUCAACAGAUGCAGAUAAAGUUUCAGCAGGUUCGUGAACAGAUGGAAGCCGAGAUAGCUCACCUGAAGCAGGAGAAUGGUAUUCUGAGGGACGCCGUCAGCAACACUACGAACCAGCUGGAGAGCAAGCAGUCUGCAGAACUAAAUAAACUGCGCCAGGAUUAUGCGAGGUUGGUGAAUGAGCUGACUGAGAAGACGGGAAAGCUCCAGCAAGAGGAAGUGCAGAAGAAGAAUGCUGAGCAAGCGGUCACUCAGUUGAAGGUUCAACUACAAGAAGCUGAGAGAAGGUGGGAAGACGUUCAGAGCUACAUCAGGAAGAGAACCGCAGAGCAUGAUGCUGCACAGCAAGAUUUGCAAAGUAAACUUGUGGCGAAGGAAAAUGAAGUACAGAGUCUGCAUAGCAAGCUUACAGAUAACUUGGUUUCAAAACAACAAUUGGAGCAAAGACUAAUGCAGUUAAUGGAGUCAGAGCAAAAAAGGGUGAACAAAGAAGAAUCUCUCCAAAUGCAAGUUCAGGAUAUUUUGGAGCAGAAUGAGGCUUUGAAAGCUCAAAUUCAACAAUUCCAUUCCCAGAUUGCAGCUCAGAACUCCGCUUCAGCUCUUGCAGAGGAAUUACACAAAGUGAUUGCAGAAAAGGAUAAGCAGAUAAAACAGACUGAAGAUUCUUUAGCAAAUGAACAUGAUCAUUUAGCAAGUAAAGAGGAGGAACUUAAGGAUAUACAGAAUAUGAAUUUCUUACUAAAAGCUGAAGUACAGAAAUUACAAGCCCUGGCAACUGAGCAGGCUACUGCUGCUCAUGAAUUGGAGAAGAUGCAAAAAAGUAUUCAUGUUAAAGAUGAUAAAAUAAGAUUGCUUGAAGAACAGCUACAACGUGAAAUUUCAAACAAAAUGGACGAAUUUAAGAUCCUAAAUGACCAAAACAAAACUUUAAAAUUGGAAGUUCAGAAGCUACAGACGAUUAUUUCUGAACAGCCUAGUAAAGAUGUUUUGGAACAGAUGGAAAAAUGCAUCCAAGAAAAAGAUGAGAAGUUAAAGACUGUAGAAGAAUUACUUGAAACUGGACUUAUUCAGGUGGCCACUAAGGAGGAAGAACUGAAUGCAAUAAGAACAGAACAUUCGUCUCUCACGAAAGAAGUGCAGGACUUAAAGGCCAAGCAAAAUGAUCAGGUUUCCUUUGCAACUCUAGUUGAAGAACUUAAGAAAGUGAUCCAUGAGAAAGAUGGGAAGAUCAAGUCUGUGGAAGAGCUUCUGGAAGCUGAACUUCUGAAAGUAGCUAAUAAGGAGAAAAUAGUUCAGGAUUUGAAACAGGAAAUAGAGGCUCUAAAAGAAGAAAUAGGAAAUAUCCAGCUUGAAAAGGCUCAACAGUUAUCUCUCACUUCCCAAAGUCAGGAGCCUCAGCACUUGUUAAAAGGAAAGGAGGAACAGAUGAAUACAAUAAAGGCAGUUUUAGAAGAGAAGCAGAGAGACCUGGCCGACAGAGGGAAGUGGAUACAGGAUCUUCAGGAAGAAAAUGAAUCUUUAAAAGCUCAUAUUGAGGAGAUAGCACAGCGUAACCUGCAAGAGGCGUGUUCUGCAUCACAGUUAGAAGAACUUGAGAUUGUAUUGAAAGAAAAAGAAAAUGAAAUGAAGAGAGUAGAAACUACACUAAAAGAGAGGGAGAAUGAACUUUCCAGCAAAACAGUGCUGUUACAGGAAGUGCAGAGUGAAAACAAAUUGUUGAAGUCCCAAAUUGAACAGCUUAAAGAACAGACCUACCAAGAGACAUCAUCUUUUCCCCCUCAUGAAGAAUUAUUAAAAGUAAUUUCGGAAAGAGAAAAAGAAAUAGCUGAUCUCCAGAGCAAGUUAGAAUCCCUGAAGGAUGCUGUGGAGCACCAGAGGAAGAAAAACAACGACCUUCGGGAGAAAAACUGGGAAGCAAUGGAAGCAUUGGCCUCAACUGAAAAAAUGCUGCAGGACAAAGUGAACAAGACUUCCAAGGAAAGACAACAACAUGUGGCAGCUGUCGAGUUGGAGGCUAAAGAAGUUCUCAAAAAAUUGUUUCCAAAAGUGUCUGUACCUUCCAAUUUGAGUUAUAGUGAGUGGUUGCGUGGAUUCGAGAAGAAGGCGAAGGAGUGUGUGGCUGGAGCUUCCGGGGCGGAGGAGGUCAAGGUUCUAGAGCACAAGUUGAAAGAAGCUGAUGAGAUGCACACGUUGUUACAGCUAGAGUGUGAAAAAUACAAAUCUGUACUCGCAGAAACAGAAGGAAUUUUACAGAAGCUACAAAGAAGUGUAGAGCAAGAAGAAAACAAAUGGAAAGUUAAGGUUGAUGAAUCACAGAAGACUAUUAAACAGAUGCAGUCGUCAUUCACAUCUUCAGAACAAGAAUUAGAGCGAUUAAGAAGAGAAAAUAAAGAUAUUGAAAAUCUGAGAAGAGAGCGAGAACAUUUGGAAAUGGAACUAGAGAAGGCAGAAAUGGAGCGAUCUACUUACGUGACGGAAGUCAGAGAGCUGAAAGAUCUGUUGACUGAAUUGCAGAAAAAACUUGAUGAUUCAUAUUCUGAAGCAGUGAGACAGAAUGAAGAGCUAACUUUGUUGAAGACACAGUUAAAUGAAACACACACAAAACUUAAAACUGAGCAAAACGAAACAAAGAAAGUAGCUGGUGAUCUCCAUAAGGCCCAAAAGUUAUUGGAACUAAUCCAGUCGAAAAUAGUUAAAGUUGCUGAAGACACUACCAUUAUUGAGAACAGUGAUGUUUCCCCAGAAGUGGGUUCUUCUGAGAAGGAGACGAUGUCUGUCAGUCUGAAUCAGAUUGUGACGCAGCUGCAGCAGUUGCUCCAGAGAGUGAACCAGCAGCUCACCCAGGACAAGUAGCGUGAGCAGAAUGAAGUAAUUGGGAAACUGUUCAUUGGAGGAGAACAGAAGGCAUUGUAUUAUAUUUUGCCAAAUUAAAGCCUUAUUUAUGUUUCCACCCUUUCUACUUCGUCAGAAACACUGAACAGAGCUCUGUCUUUUAUAAUCCUUGUUAGACUACUGAUUUCAAGAGGAAAAUCUAAAAAGCCAACUCUGUAGACACCUUCAGAGUUUAGUUUUAUAAUAAAAACUGUUUGAAUAAUUAGACCUUUACAUUCCUGAAGAGAAAAUAAACAUGUUUAUCUUUUAUUUUGCUCAAUAAAAUUGUUCAGAAGAUCAAA